AUGCUCGGUAUUGGGGGGAGGGGAAGAUGCAGUGCAUUAUGGGAGAAUCCCCGCACCUUCCCCUCCUUCCUCGCCCCCGCCCCCGCAGCGCGGUCCCGAGUUCUGCGAAGGACGGGCUGGGGGAGCCUCGGGCUCGCGCUCCUCGGAGGUGACAUCAUCGCUUCGGCUCCGAGUGGGGCCACGCCCCCCAAAUAUGUUCAUUGGUCGGCACCACCCCCGCCCCCCGCCCACCCCGCCGAGGGGAGGGUCCCUCGGGCGCGCCGGGCCCAGUACUGCCCCCCCAUUGGCUCAAGCUCGCCGUCCGUCAGGCGGCUGUUAAAGGGGCCGCGGCCCCGGGAGUGCAGGGAGGGGGCUGCUGGAUUUUGGGGGGAGCGGGGGGGGGCGGGGGAGGGGGCGGCUGCGGCCUCACGGGGGAGCCCGAGCCGGGGCCCAGAGACAGAGACAGCAACCCAGAGACAGAGAGACGCCGAGACACAGAGACAGCGCAGGCCAGGCAGCGAGAGCAGAAGGGAGGGAGGGAACGAGGGAGGGGAGACAGCGAGACCUCGAGCCGGGGAAGGAGGGAAGGCAGGAAGGCAGGAAGGCGGGGGCCCCUCCCGGCCUCCUCGGGGCUCCCGCCACCCCCGCCCCCGCCGCAGCCCCAGCGCCGCCGCCCGAUCAGGUAAGAGACGGAGCCCCGGGGACCCCGGCGUCCUGGCUCCACGACGUCCCGCAGGGACCCCGGCGUCUCGGCCCCCCCGACGUACCGCAGGGACCCAGGAGUCCCGACAUCCCGCAGGAACCCGGGCGGGCGUCCCUUCUUGCUCUGACAUCCUUCAGGGAUCCAGGCAUCCCGGCCUCCCCAACAUCCCGCAGGGACCCAGGCAGGCUUCUCUACUUGCCCCAGUGUUCCUCAGGGACCAGGGCGUCCAGGCUUCCCUGGGACCUCGCAGGGACCCAGACAUCUCGGAUUCCCCAGAAUCGUCAGGGACCCAGACAUCCGCCCCCCCCCAUCCCUUCGGCGAGCCUGUGGUCCCUUCCCCCAGCCUCCGCUGUAUUGCUCCCUCACUUCCAUCUUUCCCUUCUCCUGGACCCAUGAGUCCUGGCUUCCCCCCGGGCCGCACCCGCCUCAUUCAUCUCCGCCCAUCUUUGGCCAGCGGCCCCAUUCUAGAACCCCGGCUCAGGCCCUUAGGCGGGAUCAUCUGGCUGGUCACAGGCUCUGGCCUCAGGCCCAGUCUUGGAGCUGUCCAUGGUGAAACCGGCUUGCCUAGACCUUCCGGUCCCCCUUUUCCUUCAAGCUCCCGGUCUCUAGGCUUGCCCUGGGCCAUCCAGUACCUAGAGGUCUAG